AUGGCUGAUUUUUUGUUUUCAACGCCCACCAUUGGUAGCUUUGAAAUUGAUCAUGUUGCUACUCAGUUACUGCCAAAGGAUGCUCCUGACAAUUCAGUACCAGUGAAAGUGCUAGGAGAUGGUAACUGUCUCUUUCGGGCUGCAAGCUUUCUAGCUUAUGGCAAAGAGGACCGCCAUGACCAACUUCGUGCUGCUGUGAUGACAGAGGUAGAUGACAACGUCGAGCACUAUGCUGAUCAGUUUCUUGGCCAUGCGCGUCAAGCCAGUGGUGACGGUCAAUGUGUAGAUCUACUUUCCCAAACUCUUGGCGAUGGACCAAGCCACACGUUUUCCUCAUUGCUGAUGCAAAAGUCUUCUCUUCGUGAUUCAUACGUUGCUGGCGUAGAAGCAGAAGUGAGAUUAUGUUCAAAGUUGGGUACUUGGUGUGGCAUGCUUGAAUUAGCUGGCUUGGCUACUGUCUUUGGACGCCCAGUACGCUCUGUCUACCCAACAAAGUUUUGCUUCGCCUGCCAUGCUUACAUGAAUGCUACAUUUUAUCCUCGUCAGCUAAUGCAACAAGAACUGCAGCAGGAACAAAUCCCCGCAAUAAUCGUGUGGUCUUGCAUGACAAUGUCGGCGGGCAACUCACCCAGUCCAAACCAUUUUGUGCCUUUGGUCAUCCCAAUGACGGUCUCAACUGGAACCAAAGGAAAGUCAACGACCGAGUCCUUUGCUAAACCAAGGAAACGCCUCUCAGCAAGAAAUAAAUCUUCUCAUCCAGUUUCAAAAAAGACAAAGCAACAAACUUUGUUUGGCUUUGCAGGACUAGAAACAGAACAAUCUCAUGUGAAGAUUGCAUCACCUGAACAUUCCAUCUCAUCACUUGAUGAAAGUAGCCAUGCUCUACAUGACCAGAAAUUACUAGCAACCUCGCCUACGGCAAUAACACAGGCAACAACAACAACAACAAUAACAACAACAACAGCAACUACAACAGCAUUGUGA